AUGGCUACAAAUCAUGAGCCUAUAAAUGAGAAACCUACAGACUCUUCACCUGGUCCUCAAAAUCAAUCAGCCCAGCAUACCAAAGAAGAUGAAGUACAUGCAACAGCAAAGACAAGACCUGAAAGGACAGCCAAUUUCAAAGAUUACAUCCGAAUUUUCUCCUACGCAACGAAAUGGGAUUUCUUUGCAUAUGCUGCAGGCUUUAUUGCCAGCAUUGGCGCUGGAAUUACACUACCGUUGAUGAAUGUGGUCUUUGGUCAAUUCGUGGGUAACUUUACCGACUACUUCCUCCCAGGGAGCACAACCUCGCAAAGUGAUUUCAACAGCAGCGUUGAUAAGCUAGCGUUGUACAUGUUCUUCCUAUUCUUAGGACGUUUUGUUCUCAAUGCUAUCAAUAAGUUCGUGUUUCGCAUGAUAGGCAUCAGGUUAUCUUCUGCUAUCAGGCUUCACUACCUCAAGUCACUCUUUGGCCAGUCUAUUCACGUACUCGAUUCUAUGCCUCCUGGCUACGCCACUGGCACCAUUACAUCUACCGCCAAUGUUCUACAGCUGGGAAUAUCAGAGAAGCUGGGAAUCUUUGUCGAAUAUAAUUCAACUAUCGUCGCUGCGCUCAUUGUGGCUUUUGUAAAGAAUUGGUCUCUUACUCUUGUUACAUCCUCCAUCAUCCUAUACCUUUUUCUCGUUCUGGGCGUCUUCUUACCCAUGAUUCUCAAAGUCAAUGCUCUCAUCACAAAGUCAGAGGGCAGAGCUGGCGCGGUUGCCAGUGAAGCUCUGGCGAGUGUCAGAAUGGUAGCAGCGUGUGGCGCAGAAUCACGUAUCUCCAAGAAAUAUGCUGCUUUUGUGGAAGAGACAAGACAGCACGGUAAACUUCUAUCUCCUCUUGUCGGAGGCCAACUUGGCUUUAUAUUCUUCGGUUUAUAUUCCGGUUUCGCACUCUGCUUUUGGUAUGGCGCAAAGUCAUACUCUGAAGGUAGACUGGAUAAUGUCGGAGAUGUUCUCGUCGUAUUGCUCUCUGUGAUGAUUGUUGUGCUCUCAUUAGAGCGUACAUCCACACCACUUCUUGCUGUUGGAAAAGCCACUGUUGCGGCUUGCGAGUUCUUUGUCGUUAUCGAUGCACCGCAGCCCCAAAAAGGUCACCUGAGAGAGCCUGAAGUUUCAUCGACACAGGAUAUCGUUCUUGAAGGUGUCACAUUCGCAUACCCCAGCCGACCUCACGUAAAAGUCUUGGACGAUCUCAACCUGCGCAUCGAAGCCGGAAAGAUCAACGCCAUUGUUGGGCCAUCUGGAUCAGGUAAGAGCACAAUUGUUGGGUUGAUCCAGAGAUGGUAUACUCUGCAAGAUCAGCACGUUCUGGCCAAGGUUAUUGAAAAGGAGAAGAAAGGCGGAAAGAAGAACAAAAAGGAGGAGAGUGAGGAGGAUGAAGAUCUUGCAAACCCAAUUGAAACAGAUCCAGAAGAAACAGGACCCCCUGUCGAAGUUCGCGGACGCAUCACUACAUCUGGUCAGCUCUUGGAUGAUAUUGAACUCAAAUGGUGGAGAUCACAAAUCGGACUUGUGCAACAGGAACCAUUCCUUUUCAACGAUACGAUUUAUAAGAACGUCGCUUAUGGUUUGAUCGGAACACCCUGGGCAGAUGAAUCUGAGGAUAAGAAGAUGGAGUUGGUGAGGGACGCUUGUCGAGAAGCUUUUGCCGACGAGUUUAUCGACAGGUUGCCUGAUGGAUAUAAGACUUUGGUAGGCGAUAGCGGAGCGAAGCUCUCUGGUGGCCAGAGACAGCGGCUGGCCAUUGCGCGAUCUAUUGUACGAAAACCUAGCAUCCUGAUUCUGGACGAGGCUACAAGCGCUAUUGACGUACGAGGUGAACGCAUUGUUCAAGCAGCACUUGAUAGAGUCGCCAAGAACCGAACUACCAUCACAAUAGCACAUCGUCUUUCCACAAUCAAGAAAGCAGAUCGUAUUAUUGUGUUAAAGAAGGGCAAGGUCGUGGAAUCAGGAACACAUGAUAGUCUCAUCGCUGUCGAUGGCGGUGUUUAUUCCGGCCUUGUCCACGCACAGUCUCUUUCGCUUGGGGAGCCUACUGAGGCUGGGUAUGAGUCCGUUGAACCUGAGGAUAAGCCAGAGCUUGCCAACGUCCAGAGCGUCGCGGCUUCAGAAGUUGACACGAUCGUCGAUGUUAUCAAAGCAAAGAAAGGGAGCCCCUUCGCGAGUUUCAGUCGUUUGUUCCUCGAGAGCAAGAACAUAUACCCUGCCUUUGCCCUAACUCUCUUCGCUGCCGCUUGUGUCGGAUCUGGAGUACCAUUGCAAGCCUGGAUCUUUGGUAAAAUCAUUGUGUCCUUCAACACUAUCGGAACCGAUGCAAACCUUUCUGAGAGCAAAUUCUGGUCUCUGAUGUUUGUUGUUCUGGCAGUAGGUAUAGGAGUCAGUUACUUUGUCGUCAUUUUUGUGGCAACUCGAAUGUCAGCAACUAUCCGAGCCAAGUAUCAGCAACAGUAUUUCGACGCUGUUAUGUUUCAGAAGACAUCCUUUUUUGAUAACGAAGACCAUUCUCACGGAACAAUGACAUCAAGACUAGGAACAGACCCAAAACAGUUGGAAGAGAUGAUGGGAUUAAACAUGGCGAGUGUCUUCGUUGCACUCUUCAAUGUCACAGGGGCUGUCACUAUCGCCUUUGCACACACCUGGAAACUAGCAGUUGUUUCUUGCUGCGUUGUCUUGCCGGUAAUGAUAGUCUCGGCUUAUUGGCGCUUCAAGUACGAAUUGGCGUUUGAAAAGAUGAACAACGACGUCUUCGCGGAAAGCUCAAAGUUUGCGUCAGAAUCGAUUGGCGCCUUCAGGACCGUCACUUCUCUGACAUUAGAGGACUCGAUUUGCCUACGAUACCAGAACCUGCUCGAAGAGCAUGUUGUCUCAGCAUACAAAAAGGCCAGAUGGGUGAGCAUACUCUUCGGGUUUUCUGAUAGCGCUAGCAUGGCAUGUCAAGCUCUCAACUUUUGGUGGGGAGGUCGUCUGCUUUCCAGAUAUGAGAUUGGCCUCGUUGCAUUCUUUGUCUGUUUCAUGGCGAUUACCAACGGCAGCGAGGCAGCUGGACAAGCUCUUGGAUUCGGCCCCAAUGCCGCCCUUAGUUCGGCAGCCGCUGAUCGUAUCCUCAAGAUGAGAGAAAGCCGACCUCGAGAUAAGGUGUCCACCUCACAAGAGAUACCCGAUACCGAUGGCGGAAUGUCAAUUGAGUUGGACAACAUCUACUUCAAGUACCCAACCAGAAGCACGCCUGUUUUCAAAGGACUGAGCCUCAAGGUUGAAAAGGGGCAGUUUGCAGCUCUUGUUGGAGCAUCCGGAUGUGGCAAAACAUCGAUUGUGUCACUGAUGGAGAGAUUCUACGACCUGGACAAGGGUCGGAUCCUACUCAAUGGAAAGGACUCGACCGACAUCAACGUGUUUGAGUACCGAAAGUACUUUUCUCUCGUUGCUCAGGAAGCCACACUUUUCCAGGGUACUCUCAGAGAAAACAUUCUACUUGGCGUCGACCCCUCGUCAAUUACAGAUGAGCAGCUGCACCAAGCCUGCCGCGAUGCUUCAAUCCACGAGUUCAUCGUUUCUCUGCCAGAAGGUUAUAAUACGGGAAUUGGCAGUCGCGGUGUCUCACUUUCAGGUGGCCAGAAGCAGCGUGUGGCAAUCGCCCGUGCUCUUAUCCGCGACCCCAAAGUCCUUCUGCUCGACGAAGCCACAAGUUCACUUGAUUCGGAAAGCGAAAAGUUAGUGCAGGCAGCAUUUGAACGAGCUAAAGAGGGACGGACAAUGCUUGUAGUUGCACAUCGACUGGCUACGGUACAGAACGCAGAUGUUAUCUUUGUAUUGGGAGAUGGUCAGCUGCUUGAACAAGGCAGCCACGUAGAGUUGUUGAAGAAGCGAGGCGUGUACUGGCAUAUGUGUCAAAGUCAAGCCCUUGAUCGUUAG